GUACAACUUCAAUGCUCAUGAAUGACCACCAUUAUUUUUUUCACAGAACAGCACCUUGAAGCAACUGGUGCAUGUGCGAGGAGUGCUUCCAACACCAUGGAUUCUCACCAUGAUAACCCAUAACGUGACCAGUGACCCACAAGUUUAUAACUAAUCAACUUAUAAUAUAUAUAUAUAGACACACAUAUCAAGUGCGAACUGGGUUUCUCGUGCGGUCAGUGUGAAUUGCACUACCUAAAUCGAGUGUCACUAGACCAUAAAGUCUUUGACUUGAAUCUAAUCAAUUGACUAUUAUGAAUUGCAACCUUCAAUCCCUUGAAAUAGAAACAAGCUUGAUUGCAACAGCAAUGCCUAAGCACCACGGGCUGAAUAUUUAGAUGGACAAACUAAAACAACACCAUUUUGAGCCUACAAUAACUAUCUGAGUGGAAUUAACUAAAAGGUAAAAUUAAACCUUUUAUUAUUGAUUUGGCCCGGUUCAAUUACGUAAUCUCAAUUCAAUUUUAAAUUCUGCAAACUAAAAUAUAAUAUGAAAUAUGAUACGAAGAAUGGUUUCCUAAUUCCUACUAUUCUCUUGCAUGUUACGAUUUUAUCAUUAUUCCAAACGUAAAAGUGAAAAAGCUCUAUCGAAUGGCGAACCUUUGACGCACGCGUUCUGAGGGACUCUUCGCACGUGCUGUCCCGACUGGGAUUCGUUACUGUCGGGCGCGUGUCUUACCUUCCUCUCCUGCUCUUAUUAGCCCAUUUGUCUCCAACCCCAACCGGUCAUUUCUUUCAUUUUAUAUUUUUCUCUCUUAACCGAAGUUCCAAAACGUAAAGCCAUCGAAACGAGGUCGUUUUUACCUUUGAAAUUUCAUAAUUUCUGCUCUACUACAGCUAGUACUAUCUGGGCGACACUGAAUUCCGGUGACCGGUGCCGGUUUUUGAUGAAGUGAAACCGUGGGAUUAGCCGAUUAGGAGUUUUAAUUUGGCGGCGAUGGAGAAGGAAGUUCAAUCGGGGUACAGUUAUAUGGGACGGAGCUUCAGCGGUCUCAGCAUAAACGAUGAUUCAUCGGCUUUCAGCGAUUGCAACAGUGAUAGAUCUGGAGAGUUCCCGACGGCUUCUUCUCAGAGCCGGCGGCUACUCGUGGCUUGCGCGACGGAUAACUCCGACGAAUUGAUCCAGCAACUGGUGUGCGAUCUUCAGUCGACAUCAAUCGAUGAACAGAAGCAAGCCGCAAUGGAAAUCCGGCUCCUCGCGAAGAACAAGCCUGAGAAUCGAAUCAAAAUUGCCCGAGCCGGCGCGGUCAAGCCGCUCAUAUCGUUGAUUUUCUCCACCGAUCCUCAGCUUCAGGAAUAUGGCGUCACCGCGAUUCUCAACCUCUCGCUCUGCGACGAGAACAAGGAGCUCAUCACGGCGUCCGGCGCAAUCAGGCCUCUCGUUAGAGCUCUGAAAGUCGGCACAUCUACGGCUAAAGAGAACGCCGCUUGCGCUCUGCUCCGCCUAUCGCAAAUCGAGCGAAACAAAAUCGUAAUUGGACGCUCCGGCGCGAUUCCGCCCCUAGUGGACCUUCUAGAAAACGGGAAUUUCCGCGGCAAAAAGGACGCCUGCACGGCUCUGUACUCGCUGUGCUCAGAGAAAGAGAACAAGGUCAGAGCCGUCCAGGCCGGAGUAAUGAAGCCUCUGGUGGAACUAAUGGCGGAUUUCAGCUCGAACAUGGUGGAUAAAUCCGCGUUCGUGGUUAACGUAUUGGCAUCCUUGACGGAGGCGAGGGCGGCUCUGGUGGAAGAAGGCGGAAUUCCGGUGCUGGUGGAGAUUGUGGAGGCCGGAACGCAACGGCAGAAGGAGAUUGCGGUGGCCAUACUGUUGCAGCUAUGUGAGGAUAGCGUCACACACCGUACCUUGGUGGCUCGAGAAGGAGCCAUUCCCCCCUUGGUGGCUUUGUCGCAGUCCGGUACAAGCCGCGCCAAACAAAAGGCUGAGAUUUUGACCGAUCUUCUACGGCAGCCGAGAUCCGCCAGUGCUACUGUGCCCAGAGCGUCUGAUGUGUCUGUUUAAGGUACCCCGCAGUCUCUCCACCAAGUAUUAAAUCGAACAAUUUUAUUUUAUUUUUUUGGACGAUUUUGAUUAAUGAUUUGACGAGAAUAGAAUUCUCUUGUAGUUGUAGCGUAUUAAUGUUUAAAUAGUUGAGAAAAAAAAUUACAUGUAAAUUGUUCUAAUGAUAUGAUGUAUUUUAAGGGGUUUUUUUUUUUUUU